AUGGAUACCAAAUCAGCAGAGGCGGCAACAGUCGUCGCUCACGACCACAUCGAGAAGCUCGCACCUGCAGACGAAGUCGCCGUGUCCAAGGCCACUGAGAAGCAAGAUUUGACACCCAAGCAACAAUAUCAGCGUCUCUUGACAAACCUCAAGCAAGACAAGCGAUAUGUCUUUUGGGCCCUGUACGUUAUGUCCCUCGUCUUCGGAUGGGGUUACGAUUCUGGACUCUCCGGCGCCGCCAUCGCCUUCCCCGAGUUCCGAAAAGCCUACGGAGAUUACUACCAGGUGGGAGACCAAUAUGUUAUUCCCGCCCUCUGGCAAUCUCUCUGGAACGCGGCCAGCACCAUCGGUCAGGUCUUUGGAGCCUUCCUGACCGGCCAAUUCGCCGACAUCGUUGGCCGAAGAGCCGUUCUCUGGACAGCCGUUGGACUGUCCCUCUCCUCCUCGUUUGCGCUCGUGUUCGCUCCAAGCUUACCAGUCCUCUUUGUCUCCAAACUCCUCCUUGGGUUUUCAGUCGGCCUAUCAACCGUCACACCUCCUCUCUACGUUACUGAAAAUGCGCCCCCAGCUCUCCGAAGCUCCCUCAGCUCGUUAACCAACGUCAUCAUCGUUCUUGGAUUCUUCCUCUCUUCCAUCACCGCUUGGGGUUCUUCCAAGAUUGACGGCCAAUGGAGCUAUCGCCUAGCGUUUGCCAUGACUUUCCUCGUCCCGACGCUCUUCAUGAUUGUUCUGCCGUGGCUGCCCGAGUCUCCGGUAUGGUAUGUCAAGAAGAGUAGAGAUGACGACGCACGCAAGGCAAUCUUCAGGCUCUACGGCAAGAAUGUCGACGUUGAGGAGAGGCUCAGCUUCAUCAAGUCCGAGCUCGAGCUUGCGGCGGGAGAAGCCAAUAUGGCCAAGCAAACAAGCUGGAGGGCAAUUUUCUCCAAAGAGCACCGCUUUCGGACUCUAGUUGCGGUUCUCGGAUUGCAGUCGCAGAACUUCUCUGGCGGCUACUUCGCAAACACAUACCAAACCUACUACUUCGAACUCAUCGGCCAGUCAGAUCCAUUCGGACUUACUGCGAUCUCCUCCACUCUCCAAUUCCUUUCGAACUGCGUCGCAGUCACAGUUUCCGAUGUUCUCCCUCGCCGAAAGUCCCUGAUUGGCGGCGGCGCAUUCCUGUGCUGCUGGUCAAUCAUCAUCGGCGGCACGUCUCUCGCUGGAACCGCCAACUACUCGGCAAACAUGGCUCUUCUCGCAUUCAUGAUCACAUGGUCAAUGCUAUACACCGCGACAGUGGGGUGCUUUGGUUGGGCCGUCGCUCAAGAGACGGCUUCGCAAGCCACAAGACCAAAGACCAUUGCGUUCAGUCUCGUGUGCCAGCAGCUCACAGCCCUUUUGCUGUCAUCGGUAUUCCCCUUCUUCAUCAACCCUGAUCAGCUGAACUGGGGCGGCAAGAUCAUGUUCCUCUUUGUCGGCGCUGAGGUGUUUGUUCUCGGGCUUCUCUUCUUCUUCCAACCCGAGACGAAGAACAGAACCUACCAGGAUAUCGAUCACAUGUACGCUCAGGGAAUUCCGGCGAGGAAGUUUAGCGACUACGUUGUGGUUGAUGGAGUGGCUGUCAAGAAGUCCACUUCGUAA